CGAUAACGCAUGGGCUUGUAUUGUCCAAAUACUUUUAUUUUGGUUUUGGGUUUUCCAAAAACUUUUCGUUGUUUGUUUGUGGGAAGAAAUGGAAAUCUGUCGCAUAUAAAAGCACAACUCGCAUCAAAUGUAAUCAUUGUCUUCGCAUCGUCUUCAAGAUGAAGUUAUACGCAUUCUGCGCUGUUAUAUUGGCUAUAUUCGCUUUGGCUUUUGCAAGCCCUAAUCCCUUGCCGAAUCCUGAACCCUUCCCGGGCGGCGGCGGCGGCGGUGGUGGUGGUGGUGGUCGUUACGGUGGCGGCGGCGGUGGCGGUGGAGGUGGUGGCAAGUAAACUAACCACAGUUUCUGCAGUGCAAAAUAAUACAUGGAUGGAAACGUUUCUAGGACGACGCUUUGAAUACAAUGAUUAAAAAAUAAUAAUAAAUGAUACAAAAAAUAA